GCGCCGCAUGGAGAAACGUGGGAUUAGCGUGCAACAGACGAGUGUACCACGUGAAGCUGUGUGAACAUGGCGUCGGUUCAGGACCCAGAAAUCCAAUUCGCACAGAAACUAGCCUCCAACGAGAAGCCGGUCCGGACCAAGGCCAUAAAGAAACUGAGGAAAUACAUCAAUGUUAGGUCACAGAAAGAGACAGAUGGAUUCACUGAUGAUGAACUGCUCAAGCUAUGGAAGGGUCUUUUCUACUGCCUGUGGAUGCAGGACAAACCCCUGCUCCAGGAGGACCUAUCAAACCAGAUCUCCAACCUGAUCCACAGUUUCCAUCAUAUAGAUGGUCAGUUUUUAUACCUUGAGAGCUUCCUGCAGACUUUCAAAAGAGAGUGGACUGGUAUUGAUAGGUUGCGGAUGGACAAGUUCUUCCAGCUGGUUCGCUUAAUGUUCAAACAAACUUUUGAGAUGCUGAAGAGGAAAAACUGGGAGAGCAGUGUGGUAGCCAGAUUUCUUGAGUUGCUGACAGCACAGCUCCUGCGGGGUGGCAGUGCAGCGCCCAGCGGGUUGCAGUUCCACAUCCUGGAUCUAUACAUGACUGAACUGGCAGCUGUGGGUUCAUCAGAGCUCACUGCUAAUCAGAACUUGAUGUUCAUUGAGCCGUUCUGCAAAACAGCUGCCAAAACCAAAGAUCGGACUCUUUUCAGAGCAAUCUGCAAUAGCAUCUUCAGCUCUAUUAUUGACCAGGCUCCCUUCGCCAUUGAAGAAUUGAUGCAGGAGGUGAACGCAGCUGAGGAUUCUGACUCGGGACAGGCUUCUGAAGGGGAUGAAAAAGACCAAAUAAAAGGAAAAAUGAGCAAACCACUCAAGAAAUCGACAAGGAUGAAAAUCAACGGCAGUAAAUCAAAUCAAGAGGAGGAUGAUGAGCUUCUUUACUCAGAAGACUCAGACACAGAGCUGUCAUGUGAUGGGGACAUCGGACCAGUUCUACAGUUUGACUAUACGGCGCUGGCAGAAAAGCUGUUCGAGUUAGCCAGCCGGAGCAGCACACCGAGCCAGAACAGACAGAGACUCUACAAAAUCAUAAAAGUACUGCAGGACCUCGGUGAAGGCAUCUUUCCUCAGGAUGUGUAUCCAGAAGAGGUCUCUACUGAUGAGGAUGAUGAAAUGUUUGGCAGCAGGAAGAGGAUGAAGAGAGGAUGUCGUCCUACGGAUGAGGAUCAGAAGGGGACCCCAGCAGCUAAGAAAAGUAAAGGCAACUCGGGGAAGAAAAAGGAGGCAUCCACACUAGGCAAGCAAAGCAAGGACUUGGCAAAACAUGACAGUGAAAGAGUAGACCAAACCAAUAAUGAUGACGGGAAAAAGAAAAAAAGGAAGAAGAAGAAAGCGGAACAGGAAGGAAGUGUUGAAAGUGAGGAAAAUACAGAACGGUCAAAACAGGGACAGACCAUGGCUCAAUCUCAAACUCCAAUUAAAGAGAUUGAAGAAGCUGAAGGAAUUCCACGGUGCGCACAAGCAGAAGAUUUCGAAAAGGGAGCUGAGGUGAAAAUCCAUAUCUUGACUGCAUUAGUCACAGAGGCAACUUCUGUACAGGAUCAAUCAGAAACUCUGCUCCUCUCUGAUGUAAACAAACAGCCCUCCAUUACAGUUACAGAAGAGGCGGCACAACCACGGUCCUGCACUAACGACAAGGACCAAUCUGAAAGCUUUUCAAAGAAGAAGAAAAGAGACACUUCUGAGCCCAAACCUGGGAUAGUGGCAGUCGAAGAUCAAGAGACCUUUGCCACAACAGAGCCAGAAAUGUCCUCUCAAGCAGAUGCUUCCGUCUCAGGGAAGAGGAAUAAAAAGAAGAGUCUAAAAGCUGAGGAGCAAACAGAUGGGACUCUGUUACAGGUCAGUGCAGAGACGGAGAUCACAUCGGUAUGUUGUGAGACAUCAGGAGAAGAAACUGUGACAAAAAUGACAACACUGCAGACUGAUGCUGGAUUCCCUACCAAGAAGAGGAAGGGCAUGAAGGCUGAAUUCAAACCUGAGGGUGAAUCACAGAUUCACAAUGGGAACUCAGAAGCCAAAACCAAAUUCAAAGAGCCAAGGGAUGCUACAACUGCUGCAAAGAGUAAGAAAAAGAUCCUCAAGGUUGAUGCACAGGUUGAGGUAGAGGACAAACCUCCACUUGCAUCCGAAGCUACUCAACAUACCACUUCAGUGCCAAUUGAAAGAAAGAAAAAGGGCAAGCAGAAAAUUGAACAGAAACUGCUCACCCCAUUAGCAAAAAAGAAAGACACGCCUAAGAUGAAGACAAUGCAGCUCAAAGAUGAAACCCAACUGCAGAUGGUUGGUAGUCUGGAUUCAGAGAUUCCCCUGGAAGAAACUGAAGCUAUUUUCUCCAAAAGGAAACUGACCAAAAAGAAGAGGAAGAUCCCUGUGGUGUCUGAGUUUGAGACUGAUCAGCUGGUCGCGACUGCACAGGAGGUUGCAAUGAUCAAUGCAGAAGAGGAAACUUGUGCCAAGAAGAAAAAACUUGGAAAUGAUGUUAAAAAGCCAUCCACACAUCUGAGCUUUAAAACCUCACAAAAGAAAUUGGUGACUGCUGCAGGGUUGGCGUCUGACUUCAUUACCUUUCAGAGCAACACUGUAGCCCCUACACCGCUCUUCUGCAAGUCAAAGGGAAACGUCAGCAACCAACUGUACAGCAAAAAGAAGAGUCAAACUCCCGAAUCCAAGAAGGUGACAUUUGGUCUCAAGAAUAAUAAAACGGCUGAGUUUAGAAAGAACGAUCGCAGCCUGCUGGUGAGUCCAGACGGGUCCUCACGAGUGCCCUUUGACCCAAAGCAGAAACCCAAGUUUGGGGUCCUAAAGUCUCCGCCCACACCAGGCUCAACCAACCUGAAAACAACCCCCAAGGUCAACAGGAAGAAGAGUUUGAAAAGUCUAAUAACCACACCUAAACGACGGCCUACGGCAGCAGACUUCUUCUAAAUUCACACACUGACACCCUGUAAAGAUGUAAUGCUCAAAACGUUUUAAGACUAGACUGACUGAACCAAUCAGAUUUGAAUCUAGAGAAGUAUUUUUUUUGUUUAGUGUUUAAUUUUGCCGUUUUGGGUGACUUGAUGUUUAAAUAAAGUUGCUCAUUCCAGCUUCCAGCUCAAUUUAAUCAAAUGUUCAGCUUUUUUGUGGUGGCAGUGCGAUAUCUCUGUCUCUGUGAAUGUACUACAUUCUAGUUAGUCAAAAAUUCUUGACCUGAAGACAAUCUGUAAAUGAGUGUACUAGUAUGUGCAUAUCACAACUCAAACAAUACCCUGCUAGCUGGUGUACAGGGUAAUAAACAGGGCUUUACUUAUUCUGACUUUUAAUCAACACCAAAUUCUUUAAACAGUAUUAGGGGACUGAAAUACAUGUUUCGAUGUUAAAUGAGAAAAUUAUAGAUCAUUUUUAACUGCUAGAAUAUUUUCUACUAAUUUUCAUUUUAUAACAAAUGAUAGAAAUAAAUACUACAUUCAUAUUUGGUGUUUUUUUCCGUUUGAUAUCGUUUUGGGGAAGUCAGAAACUGAAACACAAUUAUAAUUACAGUAAUACAAAAAAAAUGAUAUGAUCCAUAAUGGGGAUAAGAUGAUGUAGUUGGUAUUCUGUUUCUAUUGUAUUGUAAUUCAGCACAGUUUUUUAUUCAUAUUCCACACAUUCUCUAUUGACUACAUGUGUUAACAGAAAUGAUCAGUAUGUUACAGUAACUACCUAUUUGAAGUACAAAAUGGACUUGUUUUGGAGAACAUCCAUUCCAUCGCUGGACUUGUCUGUAUUGGUUACUCUUUGAUGGCUCAGCAAAUGAUACACUUACAAUGAAGAUAGUGCUUUUGCUAACCGGCACCACACCUGAAGAAACAUGCACAGACAACCAAAGAUGGUUGAGGGCUUUGUGGCGUGAUAUAACUAGGAAAAUGGAAAAGGAGAGGUUGAAGCAAACGUGCACAGGGUAUCGAGUAUUUAUAGAAAUUCAACAAGCUAAAGUAGAAUGCAAUGGGAUUAUGAAGACAUGGUUAUUGAAGUUAAAUUUACUAAGCCUUUGUAACUUGCCGAUUACAAUAUAUAUCCAGCAAUUUAGUGGUUAAAUAAAUAAAACAAUGAUU